AUUCGCUCAUAACGGCUAUUUAAAAUCAACAAAUAUGCAGUUCUCUAGCAAGAUGCACGUACGCCGAUUUGGGACCGCUUUGAAAUUGAAUUUUACCUCUUUUCCUGGAGCGGGAAUUUGGUUGCUAAAAUUGCGUUGAUAAAAGCCAGCGCGAGGGCGCAAUAUCACUUUAGUAUACAGUGACAGAGAAUUAACGUACGGAAAAUGCGGGCAUGCAGCAGAUUGAUUUCUGUAGUCUUCCAGAGCCUUGUCUUCGUGGUCCUCGCUGUCUGUGGUAUAGACCAAUGUCCGAGCUCAGUUCAUACAGUGGAAGGAAGAUGUAAAAUCGACUGUUUGAUAAAUUCACAUUGCCAAAAAUGGCAAUAUUGCUGCAAAGCAGGGUGCUGGCAAACAUGCGUGAAUUACACGACGUGUCAGCUACAGCAAAUCGAGGCAGCCCUAAAGAGAAGCUCAUUUACGCCAGUCUGCAAACCAGACGGAAGCUUCAAAGAAAUCCAGUGCGUUACGACACCCACGUUGAAAUGCUGGGAAGUGAACACGGAAGGAAAAAAGAUUCGGGAUAUCGACGUCACGAUUCAUUUGACAGCUCAUCGUCGUCAGCCACAAGAAUCAAAAGAAAAGAGAAUUGGAGUGUAUCCUGCACUGGAAGAGGACGAAAUAGACGAAAUCCCCUUUCAUAGAGGAAAAUCCAAGUGCCAGCGAAUGCGUGAACGUAGACUUAAAAGGAAAAAGACCCGUGAAGGAGUAUACGUUCCCAAGUGCAAAGACAACGGUCACUUUAAAAGCACUCAGUGCCACAAGAGACCGGGAAAGACUGGGUUCUGCUGGUGUGUGGAUAGGGAAGGAAAACAGAUCCCAGGAACACGAACCAAGGGAGGGAGACCAAACUGCAGAUCUGCGGCAGUUUCAGGUGAUUGCGGAAGGCGCACCCUGUUAUAUGAAAACCUAAGGCGCUUGCGAAGGAUUGUGGGGGGCCGCGAGAGUGUUCCUAAUUCCUGGCCUUGGAUGGUUGCUCUAUUCUUCAACGGCACAAAGCUCGCCUGUGGAGGAACCAUCAUUAAACCGUCCUGGAUCGUUACCACGGCACACUGCUUCAGCGAACGUACGUCAAAGAACCCGUCCGACUGGAAGGUUCGAAUUGGAGAGCAUUCAUUAUUGAGAGAUGAAGGGAGAGAAAUUAUGCAAGGAGUGCGGCAGAUAUUGAUUCAUCCUGGCUACAAGCCAAGUAACUCCUCUCAUCCCGGGAACAAUGACAUAGCUCUAGUGCGCCUGUCCAGCUCAGUGAAGUAUGGACGCCACGUCAAUCAGAUCUGUCUGCCAGACAGCUUCAUCUUCUUCAAACCUGGUAAACGCUGUAUCGUCACCGGCUGGGGGCACACGUCAUGGAACGGAAGCACCUCUCCUGUGUUGAGAGAGGCCUGGGUCGAUCUGGCGGGAAAAGAAGCCUGCAAUUCUGAGAACUCAUACAACGGGACGAUAGGAAAUAACUUCCUGUGUGCUGGAUUUGAAGAAGGCGGCAUCGAUGCAUGCUCUUACGAUAGCGGGGGGCCACUGGCCUGUCCAGUGCUGGAUGGGGACGGCAGGUGGAUGCUUGCAGGCAUCGUGAGCUGGGGCGAAGGAUGUGCCUUGCCACAUAAGUAUGGAGUUUACACCAAUGUCAACGAGUUCACUCAGUGGAUGAAGGGAGCCAUGAAAAUGGACAGAUGAAUUAGUAUUGGCGUUUUGUUCCUGCAUAGUGUGGGUCCAGUUAUCGCUAUUUUGGACAAGUUAAUUGAACGUGACACGUUGGAUUUGGAAUACAAAUAUUCGUUCCCUCAUAUAAAAAACAAACUCCAAUUCUCUGAUCAGUCAGAACAACACAGGUCGUUAUCUCCUACAAAUUUACUUCAAAUUUAUUUUCAGUCGGUUAGGCAUUUGCACUUGCCUUCGGACCAUGGGAUAUAUUUUGAUAUUCAUUCUUUUAAGACCAGUUCAUGUUCAACAGCUAAAUUUGCUCUAAAAUAGCCUAUACUGGCCUUCUUGGGGAGCUGGAGUUAAAAAAGAAGAAAGGAAAAGUUGUGUUUGUUUAAUAGAGACAUGCAGUCAAGAUCAUAACGCUUAGAGUCAUGACAGUUGCAUGUAAAGAACAUGAAAUAUGUAAAUAACGAAGUCAGAGACACUAACUAUCAUGCAGAAAGCGUGAUAAUGAAACAAAAUUGUAGGCUCUCUAGGGCUAAACCAGCUUAGCAUAAAGACUAGGGUUUAUAAGUCAAAUUUGAUAUCAAAUAUCGAGAUAAGUAGAUUUAAAAAUCACAUAGAUUGCUUUUUGCUUAAUGUAAUAGGUUGUGGCCACGUUUUUUGGCAUUUAUGGCUUCAUAAGCCAUUCAUUAUUACUUAUUUCAAAUCAGCACAGGGUACAUACACAUGCAUAUUGCGUGGUAUCCCUGUGAAAUCAAAACUUUACCCAGUGAGGACAUCAUGUGCAAUGGUACGGUCACAGGCGAAGGUGUAAAGCAAGGUCUAACUAGGAAGAGAAAGCAAACCUCCUUGAAAAGAAUGAACAGUCAGUUUUAGGGCAGGAUAAACUGGGAUACUCAGUGUAAAAUACAUGUAAUCAGCUCAGCCAACCAUUUUACGUUUAAGUAUCAGUAGAUUUCACCAGCAAAUGCUUUCUAGGCUGUACUGACGUUGCUCAGUAUGGAGAACAUAACAAGGUCAUCUGUAUUUUGUAUUUUUGAACGUUUCCUUGUUCUUAAUUUUUAACAUGGACAAGGAUUUGUAGCGCCAUCAGUUACUGUGCUUUCGUAUUUUUGUAGUGUAUAUCUUUUGUAAUUAGGCGUGCAGCCAAUUGCCUCCCAUCCAAUGGUAUGGUGGGGCUUGAGGAUGCAAAAAUGUGUCUAAUUUGUAUUGAAAUUGCAACUAGGAUGGAACUAGGUUAAAAGUCUGUUUCAUAGAGCUUUGGAAAGUCAGUUCAGAACUUAUUUUAAUUGACUUCCAAAAUUGUUGUAAAAUUUAAUUGAGAUGUCUUAACAUUUUCUAGGCCAAGCAAUGUUAACUAGGUUAAAAACCUCUGGGACGAGCAUUUGUCAACACGGUGUAUAAGAUCUUGAACAAGAACAUCGCUCAUGAGGCUACUCAGAGUCAUUAGAGUAACUACACUCGUCUUCCCUCUUCUGAUACCAGUUUCCUUGUUUUCGCUCUGGGUUCGUUUUCAGGCACUACAUGUUUACAUUUGUUAUUCCGGAAACUCUAUAAGCAGCCUAGAUGACCAAGUUACUGUUAAUGUUUUUGUUGUGAACCCUUUACACGAUGAAAGAUGUACAAUAUAUAAUAUUUAAGUUGACGCUUUUUCAAAGCUAGGAAAAGGAGUAAUUCCGAACGACAGAAAAUUGCUCAUGAUCUCAGUACUGAUAGUUUAAAUGCGAACUUUUUUUAUGGUUAACGUUGUGUUGCUACUUUUUAGAAUCAACAGAACCAGCACCGCCAAAAAGCCGAGAUCACUUUAAAGGAGCAAAUAAAUGUUGGAAAGCUUUGAGCUUUUUAGACCAAA